AUGGAUUCUGUACGUUUCGAUCGCGGUGGCGGCGUCCUCAACGAUCCAGAUCCUCUUGAGGGAAGAAAUGACGAAAUUGUGGCUAGUGAUGAGGUUACCGUGGCCGACAAAUGCGAGGUAUCCUCGGCGAUGAAGGAACGUGCCUUGGCGUUGUGUGCUAAGAUGCUUGGCGGCAUGUGGAAGACAGUUUCAUCAACGGAUGCAAAGGUCCUUCAGAUCAGGACCGGCAUGAGUAACCUGUUGUUUUGGUGCUGCUUGCCUGAGGACAUUCGGCGCAAUGACGAACCAAGUGAGGUUUUGCUGCGGUUCUACAUCGAUUCGACACAGGACGUGCUGCCAUACGAUAACUACCAAAUCAUCCAGAACGUGAUCUUCGUGUUACUCUCGGAGCGCCGGCUGGGCCCAAAGUUGCUCGGCAUCUUCCCUGAGGGACGCUGCGAGGAGUACUUGCGGGCUCGACCUGUUACACACAAAGAAGUUCGUCGUCCCGACAUCUCCCGCCUGAUAGCUCGUAAGCUAGCUGGCAUCCAUCAACUGUGGAUGCCAAUCAGCAAAGAAUCAUCCUGCAUACUGGACUACUUUAGCCACUGGACAACUAAACUUGGCGCACUUUUCCGGUACAUGCCUAACCUCUGCGUCGAAUCGAGCACAGGUGUCAUUGAACUUGGUGAAGCCGUCUUGCAGAAGGAAAUCAAAGUGAUCAGGAACUUUUUGUGGAGAAUAAAUCAUGACAUGGUAUUCUGUCACAACGACUUGCAAGAAGGCAAUAUUAUGCUUCCUGAGCAUCUGUCCGACGUCACAUUUAUUGACUUCGAGUAUGCUGGGUACAACUUCAGAGCUUUUGACAUUGCCAACCACUUUUGUGAAUGGUCGAUCGCUUAUGGUGGCGAAAAGUGGCCUUAUUUCGUCAUCUCUAGCGAUGACCUCCCAACUACUGAACAGCAGCGAGAGUUUUGCACCAGUUAUUUCGAGGCGCUAGGAGUUAGCAUCUCAGAACAGAUGAUCGAUGCCAUGUGUCAAGAGAUAUCUUGUUUUGUCCCCGUGUCUCACUUCUUUUGGGCCGUCUGGUCGCUUCUGCAUUGUGAAACAUCCAAAAUUGAAUUCGGAUACAAGGUGGAUUUUAGUAACUAUUUGUUUCUUCUCUAA